AUGCAGCUGCCACCAACGGAUGUCCUCUUGUCCUGGCCUACUCCAAAUUACGACAACCCAGUCACGCGUGGCCCUGCCCUUGUCAUUGUCAACUCCAUCUUCAUAUCGCUGGCAAUAAUCACUGUGGCUGCUCGUAUAUAUACGCGUAUAGUAAUAAAGAGAUGGUUCGGUAUUGAUGAUGUGUUCAUCCUGCUUGCGCUGCUCUUCACGCUCGGUCUCACUGCUGUUGUCAUCCUAGCGAAUCAAAGAUUCGGGUGGAACAGACAUGUAUGGGAUAUACCCUUUCCCAUGUUCGUGCCAACCUCAAAGAUCGCCAUGACGGCCAAGGUCGUUUUCGUAGCGGCAGCGACAUUCACGAGACUUUCUCUACAUUGCUUCUAUUACCGACUGGUUACAGACACUGGAAAGUCCUGGUUUAAAUGGGCGAUCCACGCCAACGUCGCCUAUACGGUUGGCCUCUUCAUAUCAUGGACGUUCAUCGGCAUCUUCUUCUGCACUCCCGUAAAGAAUUACUGGACCAUCGGUGCUCCCGCAGACACCUGCAUGGACGAAGCGGUCAUGACCCUGAUCUGCGGCAUCAUGAGCUGUGUCGCAGAUCUUCUUACCACGAUAACGCCGAUACCCUUGGUUCUUGGUCUUCAUAUGCGGCUCCGUGAGCGCAUGGCUGUAGCAUCGCUAUUCGGCAUGGGAUUGAUCGUUACAGGUGCCGGCAUCGUCCGUACAUGGUAUAUCUACCGAAGUCUCUUCAAUGAGUACGACCAGACCUGGUACGCAUAUCCACUUUGGAUUGCAGCUGCAGUGGAGAUCGAUCUGGGAGUGAUAUGCGCCUCGGCCCCCGUACUCAAACCACUCUUCGCGAAGAUACCCUUCAGUCUUUCAAAAUCACUCUCAGGUGGCAUAUCCUUCAAGAAAUCGGCCGGUGACUCAUCGAAGACGCUAACCGCCAAUCCAUCAGCGUCAAAUGGCUCGAGACGACGAUCCGCAGCACCCCGCAGCGUACCGGAACUGGCAAACGACAAAGGACAGAGCUAUGAGAUGAAGCAUUGGGCUGAUACGGAAGGCGAUCUGGAGCGAGGCAGUAGUCAAGAAGCGAUCUUGGAAGAGGAGGAAUCGCCAAAGAAGGGCAUGUCGCGUCUUUGGGGCAAGAUCAAAAGAAGUUCGGCAGAAGAGCUGGAUUCAGAUAUGACAAUUACAGUGGAACGCGAGGUGGAACUACAAGUCGAGUCGGGACAAAAACGUCCUUCACGAUACGCGACCCAUGGAGACCUCCACGAGAACCACAUGCCGUUACCACCAUUAGCGCCAAGAUCUCGCGGACACGAUCGGUGA